AAGUUUCCUGGUGCCUUUUCUAUUCCACCUUAUGAAACUUUUCCUCGGCGUGGUCUCACCCGCGAUUUAAGGCAUAGGUGUCGACGAGACAGGAGGCUGGGAGACGCCAAAAGUGCGGGAGAGAGGCCGGGAACGCGCUGCAGCAGGGGGCGGAGGAAAAGGGCCGGCAAGGCGGGAAGGUGGGCUCUGGCCGCCAGAAGCCAGGGACCCAGCCAUCGCCGCCGUCCCUAGCGGGGAGCAGCCAGGAAGAGGGGGCCGCCAUCCGGGGAGGGGGGCCUACCAUGCCCAAAGUCUUCCUGGUAAAGAGAAGGAGCCCGGGGGUCUCGGUCCGCAGCUGGGAUGAGCUCCCGGACGAGGAAAGGGCAGACACCUACAUCCCAGUAGGCCUGGACCGUCUGCUCUGCGAUCCCCCCGAGGACUGCCGCAGCGACGGCGGCAGCAGCAGCGGUGGUGGCAGCAGCAGCGCUGGGGAGCCUGGAGGCACCGAAAGCAACUCGUCCCCACGUGCCCCCGAGCGCGAAACCCUGGAGCCUGGAGACGCCGAGGGCCCUGAUGGACACCUGGCGGCGAAACAGCGCCCGGUCGCCAGGUCGAAAAUCAAGUUCACCACAGGCACAUGCAGCGACUCGGCAGUUCACAGCUGCGACCUGUGUGGCAAGGGCUUCCGCCUACAGCGUAUGCUCAACCGGCACCUCAAGUGCCACAACCAGGUGAAGAGGCACCUGUGCACCUUCUGUGGCAAGGGCUUCAAUGACACCUUCGACCUAAAGAGGCACGUCCGCACACAUACAGGCAUUCGCCCCUACAAAUGUGAUGUCUGCAACAAAGCCUUCACCCAGCGCUGCUCCUUGGAGUCCCACCUGAAGAAAAUCCAUGGGGUGCAGCAGCAGUAUGCCUACAAGCAACGUCGGGACAAGCUCUACGUCUGUGAGGAUUGUGGCUACACAGGCCCCACCCAGGAGGACCUGUACCUGCACGUGAACAGUGCCCACCCGGGCAGCGCAUUUCUCAAAAAGACUUCCAAAAAACUGGCAGCCCUUUUGCAAAACAAGCUGACAUCCACAUUCCAGGGGAAUUCCAACCUGAGCGAGGAGGAAGAGAAGUGAGAAGGAGAAAGGGAGAGACACCAAUGCUGACAUGUUUACACAGAUUUUGAGUUUUGAGGGUCCCACUGGCUCUUUCUAAUUACAAGUGUUCAGUUUAUCUCUGUGUCCUUUUGAGGCCUUAGCAGGGGGAUCUGUUCCAAAGUUGUUAUUGUAAUAGUGGUGUCA